AGGGAAAUACAAACAUAUGUAAUAGUUUUCAUUAUUUUAGUACUUUUUCUAUCCAUUUGCUGCUUUAACUUCUUCGUUCAUUUUCCUUGCGAUGUGGUUGGUGUCAGCGCCGUGUCUGUCCGGCGCGCAGCAGCGAUGCAGUGUGCGUUCACUCCUGCAGACUCCCUCCCGUAAGGGUUGUCACGGAGCAUUUGGCGGAGCUCCCUGCGCCGCACAGCAGACGACGUCCGUGUGGACUGCUUCACAUAUAGUAGUGUGUGUGUGUUAAGCCCAAACUCCUAGCUUAUCCCUCACCCUGCCUGCCUCUCCCCUUUGGGAACCGUGAGUCUGUUUCCUGAGUUGGUUUCUGUUUCGUGAAUCAGUUCAUUGUGUCAGUUUUUGGAUCCCACCUGUAAGUGGCACCUUAUGAUGUCUGUCUAACUUCGCUUAAUGUGAUGCUCUCUAGGUCAGUCCACGCUGCUGCCAAUGGCAUUAUUAUGGAACGUGUGCGUGCGUGUGUGUGUACACAAACACCCCCAGGGUGCCUUUAUCCACUCCUGUCAGUGGACACUCAGCUGCUUCCAUUCUUGGCUGUUGUGAGCGGUGCUGAUGUGAACGCUGGGCUGCGUGUAUCCUCUUGAAUGUUUUCUCCAGAUAAGUGGGCUCGCUAGGUUGGUUGUAUGGUAACUGAAACCUCCACGCUGCUCUCCACGGUGGCUGCACCAAUGCGCAUGCCCAGCAGCAGCGCCGGGAGCCCCCUCUUCUCCACACCCUCUGCAGCCUUUGUUAUCUGUGGUCUUUUGGAUGGCCCUUCUGACAGGUGUGAGGAGCUAUCACUGCGGUUCUGACUUGCUUUUCUCUACUGUACCUUCUUUGUGGGAACCGCGUGUGUCAGCGAGUAAUCACGGCCACAGGUCUUGCUGCUGCCGCCCAGGCUCUUGCUUCUCCUUUCGUCCUCUCUGAGCCUUAAUUUAAGGUGUGUGUCUUGGAAGCAGCAUCGAGAUAAAGUGUGUUUUCUGUCUAGUCUGAAACCUUCAACUCUAACGUGAGUCCACUUACGUUUCACCUACGCACUGAAAUGCCUGGGUUUCAAUCUUCCUUCGUUAGGAUUCUUGCUCUUCCCCUGGCCCGCUCCUCCCUUCCUCACCUCCCUUUACACGUUCGGAAGUGACACACCUGCUCUUUUUGUUGGUACAGAUGUUUCAUCAGAAGGUACAUUUACCCUUCAUUUAGCAGAGCGUCCCUUUAGUCCACAUGCGAAGCUGCUUUUUGGACGCUGCUCCGCCCGCGCCUCCGCCUUGCUCUCUUGCUCACCUGUCCCGAGCAAGGUGCAGCAGUCCGGAGGUGGGCUGCCCUGCCCGCCUGCGCACUCAGCCUCUUCUUUACUCAUCGUCCUGCCUCCUUGUGGUCUGAAGUCGAGACCCGAGUGGGCUUUGUUUUGUUCUCUCAUUUCUGUCUGAAGCACAUCCCUGAAUCUCCUCCAGUGAUGCUUUCCGGAAGUCAAGCUGCUCGUCUGCAAAUGACAGGUCCCAUGGUCCGUGGCGACAUUCCCGCUGCAGAGUCCCGGGAGAACGGGGUUCCCCUUCAGGGCCUUGGGGUGCCUCCCCUCUGCCUCCGCCCUCUGCUGACUGACUGGGGAAGUUGCUCUGGUGAAAGGUGGCCUUCCCUUCCCUUCAGGAGGCUUCUCAGACGUCCCUGCUUUUUUUCAGUGCUCUGCAGCCUCUGUACUGAGUGAUGCGGCGUGGCUUCCUUCUCCUUCACCCCCCUCGGGUCUGCUGGCGAUCAGCCUGCACUGUGUCCUCGAGUCCUGGCAACUCCGAGUCUCCUCUCGCGUCUCCUUCCGGGGUCCUCAGACACAUCUUUGCUCUUGGUGUCAGAUCCAGUUGUGGCGUUUCUCUCACCUGAGCUGUGUGGACAGAGCCACACGCCCUGUGAACAACAACGGCUCUGGCGUGCAUGUUCCAGUGUUUCUUCUGUUGGAGAGCCCAGCAGAGCUGCAGCUCCUCUCGUGCCAGCCCUGAGCUGAGCCAGGAGUGCCCCGCGAUGGUGAAGAUGACCAAGUCUAAAACUUUCCAAGCAUAUCUGCCAAACUGCCACCGAACCUACAGCUGUGUCCACUGCAGGGCCCACCUGGCCAAUCACGACGAGCUGAUCUCCAAGUCUUUUCAGGGAAGCCAGGGGCGAGCCUACCUCUUCAACUCAGUGGUAAAUGUGGGCUGCGGCCCUGCGGAGGAGCGAGUCCUGCUCACCGGCCUGCACGCCGUGGCUGACAUCUACUGCGAGAACUGCAAGACCACGCUCGGGUGGAAAUAUGAGCACGCCUUUGAAAGCAGUCAGAAGUAUAAAGAAGGAAAAUUUAUCAUCGAGCUCGCUCACAUGAUCAAAGACAAUGGCUGGGAGUAAAGUGGACUUCCUGUUCCCCCUUGAACGUGACUGAGACGGUCAAGGAGCUGGGGUGUGUCCGAGGGCAGGCGACCCCCCUGGCCGGCCCCCUGGGUGAGGCAGCCCCCCAAGCUGUGUCCUCUUCAUGCACAUGGUUGUUUCUGAAAUGUUUCAAUGAGCUCUUUCUAAUUUCUCAAGAUCCAGAGAAAGACUUGA